CCUGACUCAAAUCUUUUGCUGGUAAUUUAUUUCUUGACUUUCAAACUCAUGCCAUGGAGGGCCCAAACACUACAUGUUUUCACUAAAGCAGGUGAUUUUAAUGAUUAACCUGAAGGAGCUCGUCAAUUAAAUCACCUGUUGGAGAAACCGGUCGGCCCUCUGUCGACACCUCUGUGCUUUACGCAGUUAGAGAAUCAUAUAUGUAAUCUAAUAUAUAUAUCACAAGAUAAAAAGCAGUUUGAUGGUUGCAGCGUGUUUGAUGCAGGGUAUGGCUCCCAUGUGCAUCCUAUUGUCCACAACGGAGUGAAGACAGUUUGGAAAAAGUGUGAUGCACCCUGGUGCCUAUUUGAGCUCCAACUAUAAAUAGUGCAGCGGCAGCCUACGCAUGCUCAUGUUUGAUCGGAAAUCACAGCGCCUCAAGUCAGAGCUGCGGGGCAUCUGUGAAGGCAGGGACCCAACCUUGUCUCUGUGUCCGGACUCCUUUUUAGCUGCCAUCAACCACGGAAAGUUUUGCUAACAUGGGUUCACGGCGCACGGUGGCACGCUCCUCUUCGGCCAAUGGAAGAGUCGGCAAUGGAAAUGGGAGCACUGGGAGCAGCCGGCCUGGAGGCUGCAGCUACAUCUCCAACGUGAGGCCAGAGAACAGGAGCACACUGUGCAGCGUGAUGGCGCAACUAACGGAGGAAGAACAACCAAGCUUUCAGACUACUCUCAGGUCCAAGGCUGUGUCGGAGAACUGUAACGUCAAGUUCUACUGCGUGGUUACAGGAUAUCCUAUCCCUCAAGUCACCUGGUAUAAGGAUGAUAAGCAGUUGGACAGAUUCUGUGGACUCCCUAAAUAUGAAAUAUUUCGCAACGGACAAAACCAUUCCCUGCAUAUUUACAACUGCACUGUGGAUGAUGCUGCCAUCUACCAGGCUUCGGCCAGUAACAGUAAAGGCAUCGUGUCCUGCUCUGGGGUUCUGGAGGUGGGUGGAAUGAGCGAGUUCAAAAUCCACCAGCAUUACUUUGCCAAGCUCAAGCAGAAAGCAGAGAACAGAAUCAAGGAGGCCGAAGGCAAAGAGAACCAGGAACCGCUGCGCACCGUCAGUCCGGAGCGCUGGCAGAGGAAGCGGCGCUCCACCAUGGAGGCCUUCCUGAGCGUGCCCAGCUCCACGGAGGAUGAGGGUAACGAGGAGGCCGCGCGAUCGGUGGCGGCGGAGCCAGAGGUGAGGUUAGAGGAGCACGCUGAAGAGCUAGCGGAGGAGAAGACAAGCUCUGUGACUUGUUCCAAAACAAGUCAGCUCAUUCAUGAAAAUGGAAGCGUGGAUGGUAAAACUCCAUUUGUCAAGAAGAAGAUAAAGAUUUCCAGCAGUGCCAAAAAGGAGCGAGCUGAGAAGGUGCCUGAGGAAGUGAUGGAAGUCCAGAGUUGCAUCCCUCCAUACCUGUCUAACAUGGCACAAAAUGGAAAAUGUUCAAGGAAUACAAGUUCAGAGGAGCUCAUUAGGCCUUCUCUAGAACUUUCCAAAGAAAUCGUAAAUAAAGAGAAGGCAAACAACAACAAACAUGAAGAAAAAGUCCCAGAGAAGAAGACCCAGAGUCUUCCCAUGACCUCCAGACUGCAGAGUGCACCUCCAAGGCCAAUCAUGGAGGACAUGACUCGAACAAAGAAUGUUCCAAUCAUGGCUAACUCCUCCACAGAUCUUGGAUCAGUACAUCUGGCCCCUCCAAUCCAGACUGUUUUACCUGGGCCCCCCUGCCUGCAGACCGCAGAUCAGCCACCAGAAAAGGAAGCAAAGCCGUGUCCAGGGAAUUUGUCUGUGCCGAAUGAGGUUACAGCGGCCCAUACAUGGAUGAGUCGGAAUGAUGCACCUGUCAACCCGGAGCCUCCACCUGACCGGCGUUCUGUGGGCGUUCGACCACAGCGGAAGGCUCCAGCCACAGUAGAUGACCUCCUACCUCAUUAUACUGCACCCAUUGUUGAAGUGGCGCGGAACACAAGGCAUCAUUCCACAGGAUCAAAACAAAAGUCGGCCCUAGUUCCAUCUGCAAACCCGCAAAGCCAAACCGGUUUAGUGGAGGGAUGUGUAGAAGGGAUAAAAGGUAACGGAAAAGUUGAAGGUAAUGAGUUUAGCAAGUCAGCGGUGCUGGGUGAAACCUCUUCUUCAUGCAAGAGUCAACUAGACGCUGGAGAUGAAGCAGUCUCUAGUCCCAUGGAUGCGUCUAAGACAAAGACGACUCAUAAACCAACUAAAACUAAUACUGUUGCCCCGCAUUCCCCAAAAUAUCCAAACUCGCAUGAGCAGCAACCCCAAGAAAUCCCCAAACCUGCCCCCAGAGUCAUAUCUGUUGCAGAGCUUUUAAGGUCCCAAAUAAGGACUCUGGAGUCUGAACUAACAAGUCCCACAAAUGUUGUCUCUGCAGACUUGGUAGGACACUCCACAGUUGAACACCAGCCCCAAAUUGAAAGAAAUUCUGACAACAAAUGUAAAUCUGAAGUUAAGAAGUCAGCACCAGGAAGCCUACAAGAGAGUCUUGAUAGUAGAGCAUCUCCAAAAGAACAUCUUCUUAAGCAAAGUCCUAGUUGCAAGAAUAAGACUCAAGAUGCAAGUUUAUCAAGUUUUCAAAAGGAUCCUAGUUCUUCUGGGUUUUUACCUUCUGUUACCAUGAGUCCCAAAAAGGAGAAAACAGGAACCUCAAGUGAUAGGGUUCAAGGCCAAGACUCGGGUCUCAUGAAAAAGUUAAUCCCAGAAACUAAACUCAACAAUGAAACUCAUGAUUCUUCUCAAACACUUGUAGAUAAAAGCAAAACAGAAGAGCCAACCAAUUGUUUACAAGAGGUAAAUAUGUUUUCCGAUAAAAGUGCCCUUGGUACAGUCACACAAGAUAACCUACCUGUCCAAAAAAGCCAGUCCCCGGUUGAAGUCAUACCUGAGAGUGAUUUCUUAACAAAUUCAAAUCCCGAAACCAGUCGGAUCUUGAUGAAAGGAUCCUGUGACUCUACUGUACCGUCUGCCACGCCACAAGAGCUAGCAUCAGGGGCCCGCCGCAAGAUCCUUAACGCCAAAGUCAAACCUGCAGACAAUGCAGACACCGACGUCCUACCAGAUCAACCACAGAAACAGGAGAAUUCUCCACCCGAUACCAACGUUUCAACAAACCAUGUGACAAUCCUGUCGUCUCCAAGCAGUUCCCGGCGGCAAGCUCUUCUACAACCCAAUGAUGAGACAACGUCUCCCGUUGAGAUGAGGUCGCCAAUGCUGGGUAGGAAGAAGGUGACACCAACCUCCAGUCGACCACCAAAUGAGGAACUCCAAAGUGAGAAAAGUGAGAAGACCAGACGUGACCCAUGCAAAGCCCCCCAAGUUAUCCGUAAAAUCAGAAGUGAAGCGUUUGUGGAUGCAUCGGGACACCUAAAACUGUGGUGCCAGUUCUUCAACAUUCUCAGCGACUCCACAAUCACUUGGUACAGAAAUGAAGCUGAGAUUGCUCGGAUCGUGAGGACUGCAGAGGAUGAAAGUCAGGUCAAUCUGGCAGUCGUUCAAGCAUCAAGUAAAGACUCGGGUGUCUACAAAUGCACAAUCACAAAUGAAUAUGGAAGCGACUCAACCGACUUCCUCCUUGGUCCAGAUAUCUUGGCAGGAUUUUCUCUCCGUGAGGACAAUGGAGUUGGAGAAGAGAUCGAAAUGGCGCCCCUGGUGUUCAAUAAGGGUGUAGCGGAUGGUGGCGUCUGGGGUGGCAAGUUUUUCGGUCGCGUAAUGGUGCAGAAAUCCUGUAUAUCAGAUAGCUGCACACAGAAAGUCUGGAGGGCUAAGGUCAUUUAUGGCCUGGAGCCUGUGUUUGAGUCCGGGAACACGUGCAUCAUCAAAGCACGCCGACAUGUCGCUUAUGGUGGAAAGGAGGAGCGCUGCCUCAUCGACAGGAACAUGGAUCUCGUCAAGCAAGAGUGUAAAAUUCAGAAUCUGGCUCGUGAAUACUGCAAAAUCUUCUCUGCGGAGGCGAGAGUUCUUGAAAACUUUGGGCCCCCUCUUGAGGUAAUCCCAGUCUACUUGAUGUACCGGCCAGCCAACACAAUCCCCUAUGCCACGGUGGAAGCUGACCUGACGGGAGCGUAUCAGAAAUAUUCCUUCCUGGAUGAUACAGGAGCGAUGGAGAGGAGAACUGCCUCUGAAGUGGAGUUGAAGUGUUGCGCUCUGCAGCACUGGAUCUUUCAAUGGACCAACGGGAAUCUACUUAUCACCCGGCUAGAAGGCGUUGACACAAAGCUCACCAACAUUGAGAUGGCAGUCAAAUCUACAGGACAUCAAGGCCUCACCAUUGAGGGCAAGCCUAAAGUGUUUGAGCACUUUGUGUCGCAGCAUCAGUGUAACUACUUCUGUGGGUUGCUGGGCCUGAGGUCGCUGAAGCUUCUGGACUCGCUAAUGGUGCCGACGCCAAAGCCCAAAAGCUCCAGGAGUCCUUUACUGCAGCGUAAGAUUCAAGCUUCUGGUUCCUGCAGCCCUCAGAGUGGAAGGAAAGCUGGCGGAAGCCCUCGACUCUCCAGGAAGGCCGAGCAAAAUGGAAGAAAGACCCCCACUGGACAGAAGGCUGCUGAUGCUCCUGAAGCUCGGAGCUGAAGUAUCACAAGGAAGAUGCAGUUCUUUCACUUCCUGUAGGUGACCCAAAGGUUUUGUGCAUACACUGUGGGUGUCGGGUCAAUGUAUUAUCUACAUUAUUAUAAAUUACAGUAAACAAUCUCAAAUUCAUUUUAGUCACGUCAUUAACAUAAAAUACGUUUGCACAGCGAGAAGCCAACCAAGCAGAAAUCCACUCUGAAAUCCACACUGAUGUACAGUGACACACACACAAUGUAUAUUCAUUCACACGCACGCUGUUUGUACAAUAAAACAAAGGCCAUAGUGGCCAUGUGUUCAUAGAAUUAGAGAGAUAUAUAUCACAAGUAAUUUUUUUUUUCUUCAUAAUUUAGAGUGCAUGAGAAAGUGUAGCUCUGAAACUGGAGCUCUGUUUAACCACAUCGUCAUUUAUUAACAAUUAAUGUGUUUCUGAUGUUACUGCCAUAUUGUAACGUUAAUAAAAAAAUACAUCAAGAGGUUACCUACAGCCGCAGCUGUUAAUCAAUUCAAUCAAAGUCCCAGGUGGUUAUUUUGCUUUUAUAGAGCUUGGGUGAUUAAUUGCGUUCAUUGUAGCAUUUAGGGUACUAGCAUUUAGUUUCCUACAGUUGAAUGCUUGCGUGGUUUUCUAUGUUUAUUAGCAUUCCACACGGAUACCAGUCGAGGCAGAUGGCCACCCAAGUCUCAGGUAAAACAUCAAACGUGGUUAGUAGGUCAAAUCAAUACAACAACUGUGUUUUUCUAGAGGUCUUCAUAGAUGAAAUAGGUGUGUUCCAAUGACGUGCAUUGUUAGCUAGCUCAUAUUAACUUGUUUUCUUGUGUAUGCACAGAAAAGGUAAAUAAAUAUGUAUAUAUUUCAUGCAUAAUAUGUACUGUAUGUCAGGUGGCAAAAAUGAUAAAGCAAUGCAUGCCAGUGGGAUGCAUCUACUAUGAUUGUACGUAUUU